CAUUGCACGCAACUCAUCUCAACAUGGCGAUGGUGAUUGCCUAGUGCGAUUUAGGGCUCCGUGACCGUGAUUAUAUUUGAUUAUCAUGCACAUUAAAGUGUUAUUGAAAAGUAUUUCCGAAGGUAGGACUACAAUCUUUGUGAAACAAAUAUUAUUUUGGCAACGAAACACACGUGCCACGGAGUCCUGAAACCUAUUGCUUAUAGCCUCUAAGUCGAAGUCAAUAAAAGAGGUCUCAAAGUCCAAGAAUACUACGGGCUUGACAAGGCCAAUAAAUCCAAUUUUUUAUUUAAUAAAUAUCAUAACUCAACUAAUUGUUGAAACACUAGUAUAGUUAGCUAAUCAAUUGUAUAAAAGUUAAAAUAAUUAAAGUAAUUAGCUAAAGAUAAACAAAAUUCAUCUUUUCAUACAGAAGAAAGUUGUAUAAUAAAAAUAAACAACAUCACAAUGGCAGAAACACAGAGAAUGAGGAUUUAUGGAAGACAUCCCAUAUGGGCAAACUUAACUCGGCUAGAGGAACGUCGAACUCGUAGGUUAGCUUUGCGUUUGGAACGGAAUCGGAAACCAGACAAGCCAGAAGACUUUGUAUGCUAUGAAUCUAGCGACGAUGAAGAAGAGACCGUAAUGGAGAGUCGACAGUAUUUGAAAACGUCGUUUAACUUUGUAGAUUAUGUUCGUGCUCGUGAAACGAACACUAAGGAAGUGAGAAAGAUUAAUCAAGAAUAUGGGUCACGACAUAUUUUAACCCAUGAUCUUUUUAAAGAAUAUUCAGUCAGUUUGAAUCAUAUGAAUAAAGUGUUUUGCUCGCAGUGGUUGAGUGAUAGACAAGUAGUUUUCGGUACUAAAUGCAAUAAGCUUAUGGUUUAUGAUGUAGCUACGCAAAAAUUAGAUCAAAUUCCGUCCUUGCAUGGGCGACAGACUAAUCCAGCUGGAGCUCCAGUGGCCGAACAACAAUGUGGAAUUCAUUCUGUGCAAAUAAAUCCAUCACGGACACUAUUGAGUACUGGAGCAAGAAAUAGCAACGAAAUUGCAAUCUAUCGAUUGCCAACAUUAGAUCCCGUUUGUGUAGGAGAGAGUGGCCACAGAGAUUGGGUAUUUGACAUGUGUUGGCUCGAUGAUGAGUUUUUAGUAUCGGGUUCAAGAGAUACAAAAAUGGCAUUAUGGCAUAUUAAUAGUAAUCUUGCUACUGCUCCGGAUAAAUCUGAAGUUCCAACACAUAGACUCAUUCAACCAGUGUGCGUAAAAGACUGUCGAUCUGCACAAAAAGUGCGUGCCCUGGCAUUUAACAAAGCUUACAAUGAAAUAGCUGCAUUGUCUUUAAACAGUUUUAUACAUAUUUGGUCGGCUGAGACUUUUAAACAAAAAAUAUCAAGAAAACUUCCAGCUUGUCAAGAAAAUGUGUGCUUAGCAGUUCAAGAUGAUGGCGUUUAUGCCGUUGGUUGUCGUUCAUAUACUCUCCUUUUAGAUGCACGUACCCUGCAGCCAAUUAAAAAAAUCCCAUCAAGAUACACUGGGUGUGGCAUUAGAUCUGCAAGUUUUCAAGGUUCAGUUCUGACAAUUGGAACCGGCUUAGGGAUGCUCAUGUUUUACGAUGUUAGAGCUCAAAAAUAUUUAGAAUCAUCGAUUAAUUCUAAUCGAACUGUUGUUUUGAAAGCAUCGAAAGGAUAUGUGUUUCCCGACGAAGAAUACAUCGACGGUUUUCAAAAUGUCAAGUACACACCUGCAAUAUAUACCCAUUGCUAUGAUGCAUCCGGGACACGACUAUUUACAGCUGGCGGUCCUCUUCCGGCGAAUUUGUAUGGAAAUUACGCUGGAUUAUGGCAGUAAUAUGGUUAGAAAAUCAUCUGUGACUGUUGUGCACAACUGCAUAUUGAUACGAACUUUAUUAUUGUAAGUUAGGUUUUCUUAAUAAUAUGUAUAAUUAAAUCAGUGAGGAGUAAUAUUUACUUUACAAUUCACAAUGAUUUAAAGGCCCUCAAAAUUCAUAAUUCAUUUGACUAAGUAUACGUGUGUAAAAAAAUACUCGUAAAUGCUUUUAGAAAUUUCGAAAUUAAUUUUAAAUGUUGAUAGAAUAAAAUAAUUAGUUCAAAUGUGUAAAUUAAAAUACUGAAUUUAUGUUAUAAAAAUAUUAAUUUUGUGUUUUAUUUAUUAUUUUAUGGAUUCUAGCAACAAAUUGAAAGAAUAGUAAGAAGUUAGCUAUUUAUAAAAAUUAUCUCGUGCUCAUAUGAUAUUUUGUAAAAUAUACUAAACGAUAAUACUGAUGAUAUUAUUCUGAUAAAAAGUAAAAUAAAUAAACUUGCUAAUUCUAUAAUCUAAAUACGCGAAAGUAUCAUUGAUGAUGAUAGCUAUUUAAAAAAAAAUUUUUUUUUUAUAAAAGCAUUAUGUUAUUGAGAACGAGCACGUACAUUAUGAAAAAAUCGACAAAAUGACUUUGGGGUUUGACAUUGUGAUAUGUUAUAAUAAUUACAAUAGUUACAUUAUAUGAUUAUUAUAUCCACAUAAUAAAAUUCGAUUGUAUGACGCAUUUA